AUGAUGUUGGCAUUAGUCUUGUUCGUGACGUCAUGCCCGGCCCUUCUGACAGUUUGUCUGAUCAACUCUGGGAAGAAGGUAAUCUUUUGUGUUUUCUUUAUCUCAUAUUUCUUGUUUAAGAAGAAUAGAGGUGCCCAAAAAGACAAAUCGCAUGAUGGAGAUGGUCCCCACCCCCCUCAGGAGAAAGGUGCGGUUGCCGCGACAAAUGACCCCAACUACAAGGUAAGAUCAACAUGAUAAAUAACAUAAACUUUGCAGACUUUGGCCGCUGUUGACGGCAAUUGUUUCGACAAGAAGCAGGCCCCUCGUGCGCCGACCGAUGGUGGUGGAGUGGCUGCUACUCACGAUCCGAACUAUCAGGUACGUUAUUCAACUAUUACCUAAAACAAUAAAUCUUUUCAGACUUUGGCUGCUGUUCCAAACGCCUUCGACAAGAAAGAGUAA